GAGAAGUGACUAUACCUUUAUGCCCAUUACAACCCAUACAAUUAAAUUGUAUGUGACAGCUAACAAUAUCCCAUAUGGAUGUACAAGAUAUUAUGAACGUUAAAAAGGAGACAAGCGAAUUAGAAAACAGCACAAUGGGUUUACAUGUAAAUGUCAACAUUAAACAAGAGCCAGUUAGUGUUUCUGAAGAACAUACCCCAGAAACGAUGAAGCUGUAUGCAGAUCAUGAAAUCAAGGAAGAAAUUGUCAUAGGUCCGGUGAUGUUACAGCUUCCAACUGUAAAUGAUUCAAGAUGUGCGCAGAGCACAUCUGAUAAUCUGAAUAUUCAUACUCAACCUAACAAAUGUAAUAUUUGCAAUUUAGAUUUUAUGAGCAGCCAUGUAUACAUGUGUCGUAAAGUAACUUGUACUGGAGAGAAACCAUUUAAGUGUGAACACUGUAACAAAACCCAAAAAUCAAAUCUUAAAGUACAUUUUAUAACCCAUACUACAGAGAACCCCUACAAAUGUGAACAUUGUAACAAAUGUUUUACCCGAAAAUCAAGUCUUAAUAGACAUUUAUUGAUCCAUACAGGAGAGAAACCAUACAAAUGUGAAUAUUGUAACAAAUCUUUUACCCAAAAACAAGUUCUUAAGACACAUUUAAUGAUCCAUACAGGAGAGAAACCAUACAAAUGUGAACAUUGUAACAAAUGUUUUACCCGAAAACCAUACCUUAUUAAACAUUUAAUGAUCCAUGCCGAAGAGAAACCAUACCAGUGUGAACAUUGUAACAAAUCUUUUACCCAAAAACAAGUUCUUAAGACACAUUUACUGAUCCAUACAGCAGAGAAACCAUACAAAUGUGAACAUUGUAACAAUUGUUUUACCCGAAAACCAUAUCUUAUUAAACAUUUAAUGAUCCAUGCAAAAGAGAAACCAUACCAGUGUGAACAUUGUGACAAAUGUUUUACCCGAAAACCAUAUCUUAUUAAACAUUUAUUGAUCCAUGCAGAAAAGAAACCAUACCAGUGUGAACAUUGUAACAAAUCUUUUACCCAAAAAUCUGAUCUUAACAGUCAUUUAAUUAUCCAUACAGGAGAGAAACCAUACAAAUGUGAACAUUGUAACAAAUGUUUUACCCAAAAACAAGUUCUCAAGACACAUUUAAUGACCCAUACAGAAGAGAAACCAUACCAGUGUGAACAUUGUAACAAAUGUUUUACCCGGAAAUCAGAUCUUAAGAGACAUUUAAUAAUCCAUAUAGGAUGGAAACCAUACAAAUGUGAACAUUGUAACAAAUGUUUUACCCAGAAACAAGUUCUUAAGACACAUAUAAUGAUACAUACAGAAGAGAAACCAUACCAGUGUGAACAUUGUAACAAACCUUUUAACCGGAAAUCAGAUCUUAAGAGACAUUUAAUAAUACAUACAGGAUGGAAACCAUACAAAUGUGAACAUUGUAACAAAUGUUUUACACGAAAAUCACAUCUUAACAAACAUUUAAUGACCCAUACAGGAGAGAAACCAUACAAAUGUGAACAUUGUUACAAAUGUUUUACCCAAAAAUCAAGUCUUAAGAGACAUUUAAUAAGCUGUAUAGGAGGGAAACCAUACCAGUGUGAACAUUGUAACAAAUCUUUUUUCCGAAAAUCAAAUCUUAAGAGACAUUUAAUAAGCUGUACAGGAGGGAAACCAUAUAAAUAUGAACAUUGUAACAAAUCUUUUUUCCGAAAAUUAGAUUUUAAAAAACAUUUAAUAAACCAUACUGGAAAGAAACCAUAGAAAUAUGAACAAUGUAAAAAAUCUUUUUUCCGAAAAUCAGACCUUUAACCCGAAAAUAAAAUCUUAACAGAGAUUUAAUGAUCCAAACAGGAGAGAAACCAUACAAAUGUGAACAUUGUAACAAAUAUUUUUUUCCGAAUUUUUAUUACAGAAUGCGAAUCUGGCCAGUAUUUCAACACCCACGCAUAAUCAGAACUCUCAAAAAAAAUUUGUUUAAAAGAGCACUAUAAAUCCUUAAGUGUAACAUUAUAAGUGGCAGAAAACAUUUAUAAAAAAAACAUUAAUUUUACCAUCAAUACUACAAUAAUUAUAAUUAUUAAUACAAAGAUCGAACACUCAGAAAAAAUUCCUUCGAUCCGGCCGAAUUCGAACCGACGUCUUCUAGUUUAGCGUGUCAGAUUAAUUUCAUUGUCAGACACGUUUUCUGGAAUGAAAUGGUAUUUUGUAUCUAUAUGUUUUGUUGUGCCACGAUGAACAGAAUUAUAAGCUAAGUUCUGGGCACUCCGACUGUCGCUAUAUAAAAUUACACUAGGACAUUGGGUGCUACAUACCUCUGAAAUAAAGCGACGUAGAUACACAGCUUCCUUAGAUGCAUCAGUGAGCGCCAUGUACUCUGCUUCCGUCGAAGACAACGCCACCUUAGGUUGCUUCCGUGAUUCCCAUGAUAUCGGACCAUUUACCAAUUUGAAGCAGUACCCAGUAUAUGACCGACGACCACUGGCGCAAUUAGCCCAGUCGGCAUCCGUGUACACUUCCAGGGAUUUGCCAGUUUUUCUGUAGAUUAUUGAGUAGUCUACAAUACCUACGCUUCAGGUAUUGAAGCUCUCGUUUCGCUGCCGUCCAAUGACUUUUGCCAUAUUUAUUAUUAAACUGGUUCAAGUAGCUCGCGGCAAACGCGAUAUCUGGCCGUGUAUGUACUGCAAGAUGCAUGAGGCAUCCUAUCAAAUUCAUAAAAGAAUAGCUUGAGUUUUUACCUUCUGUCAGAGAACGGACACUCUCCGCCCCUCUCUAGCUUUAGAUACCGCACCACGCCCCGCACAUUGCCGGUUACAUUGACUGAACGACAACAAGGCUGCCGGCGAGCCGUUUUCGUGCGAAGACGGCUUAGAUAUUUGAUUAAAGUUUUCAUUUAUUCAUUACGAAACUUGUACGUUAAUAUAAAACAUCA